GCUACCAAGCAUAUCAAUUGAUUUCACGUACAGCACCUGCGUGGCUUGACAAACCCGCUCAGCGGAAUAGUCGCCCUUUCUGUUCCACGAGAAUAGUUAUCGCAAACACACGACGUGGCAAACGAGACCUCAAAAUCGACGCCGAAUCGUUCUACAAUUUCAACUGGACAAAAUGGCGAAAAAAGGAAAAUCCCGAACCAUCAGUGUCCGCCUCAUCUCCAUGGCUAUGACCGGUUUCUACAGAACAAUGAUCCGACCACGCACCCACCGACCACUCAGUAUGCUCAAAUACGAUCCGGUAGUACGGAAAAAGGUUCUAUUCCUUGAAGCCACCAAGGGCGGAAAAGCGAAAUAAAAAAACGAUAAAUCAAACUAUAAACAAAGAAGAAAGAAGAAGAGAGAAAAAAAAGACGACUCUGAUACGAUGAUUCGAAAUGUAAUAUUAUUUUGUACGGCGCAUUGAAUACGCGGUUAAGCUUCGUCUUGCAUUGGGAUUUUUGGAAAGCAUAUUUGUGAUAUUAUACUUGAGAGACGCAUGGUUGCAGCGGGCUUUUUGUCGGUUUACGGCUAUAUGUACGAUGAUAUAUCUAUCGUGUGCAUGAUUGAUCGAAGCCAGACAGGAGGUCAUGUAAAUAAUAUGAAGGCUCUUAUUUUAGGGACUACCAAAGACAGUUAGAAUCAAUUAUUCUCAAACCUGAUCGUGACCGCUGAUCCUUGGUCAAUCCUGCC